CUUCAAUGUAUGAAGAUCACCUCUCAACCACACUGAAGAAAUAUGGCGACUGCUAGAACUUUGUUUCGAUUUGGGAGGAUUUUCGCUGGAAAAAAUGUGGCUGCUGCUUGUAGACCAAUGUCUAGUUUGUCAAGUUUACCAGACACACAUGAAAUGCUAAGACAGUCAGUGAGAGAUUUUGCAGAUAAAGAAUUAGUACCAAUAGCAGCAAAGCUAGACAAAGAACACUUGUAUCCAACUGAACAGGUGAAGAAACUGGGAGAGAUGGGGUUGAUGUGUGUCGACAUACCAGAAUCUGAUGGUGGCACAGGACUAGAUUACCUGGCCUACGCCAUCGCCAUGGAGGAGGUCAGCCGAGGUUGUGCGUCCACUGGUUGUAUAAUGAGUGUUAAUAAUUCCUUGUAUCUGGGGCCUGUAAACAAGUUUGCUACACCAGCACAAAAGGAGAAGUUUGUACAUCCGUUCCUCUCAGGUGAUCGUGUUGGCUGCUUUGCGCUCAGUGAACCAGGUAAUGGCAGUGAUGCUGGGGCAGCCUCCACUACAGCUAGGUUAGAUGGAGAUUCCUGGGUCCUCAAUGGAACCAAGGCCUGGAUUACUAAUGGCUAUGAGGCAGAUGCUGCAAUAGUAUUUGCAACAACUGACAAAGGAAUGAAACACAAGGGGAUCAGCGCAUUCUUGGUGCCCAAACCAACACCUGGUCUGUCCCUAGGGAAGAAAGAGGACAAACUCGGUAUCAAAGCCACAUCUACUUGCUAUCUCAUUUUUGAGGACUGCAGGAUACCGAGGGAAAACCUACUUGGUGAACCAGGCAUGGGCUUCAAAAUUGCCAUGCAAACAUUAGAUGCUGGAAGAAUAGGAAUAGCUGCACAAGGAUUGGGAAUCGCCCAGGCGGCGUUUGAAUGUGCCAUCGAUUAUGCCCAGAAGAGGGAGGCCUUUGGUCUGCCAAUAUCACGCAUGCAGACAAUUCAGUCCAAACUGUCCGACAUGGCCAUGGCUAUUGAGAGUGCCAGGCUCUUAACGUGGAAAGCCGCUAUGCUGAAGGAUGAUGGCAAACCUUAUAUAAAGGAAGCAGCAAUGGCCAAAUUAGCAGCUUCUGAGGCCGCAACCACCGUUAGUCACCAGGCCAUCCAAGUGUUAGGAGGUAUGGGGUACACAGCCGACAUGCCUGCUGAGCGACACUAUCGGGACGCACGGAUCACUGAGAUCUAUGAAGGCACUAGUGAGAUUCAACGUCUUGUAAUAGCUGGCCAACUUCUCAAGGAGUACCCCUCCAGUUAACAUGAACAGCAAGGAUCAAUGAUUCAGAGGGACAAAACAAUUUAACACAAAAUAUAGACAGGAAAGAAGGCAGCAUGCAUUUAUGUAAAGACUAAGGUAAUAAGGUGUAAAGAAAUUUUGUACUGAAAUUUUGUGAUGCUUUCCAGAAACUGACCAGGUAGUUUAUUUUCUUAAAGACAAUAGUAAAACAAACAUGUUGAUAGUGUUACAAUUGCCUUAACGCUGUGACAAAGUCCCUCACAUUGCAUCUCUUCAUUUCAUUUAUCUAAUCUGUGAUAUAUCACUUCAUACAUGUAUCUAUUUGUGAAGUGCCAAAUUUGUGAUAUAUUGCAUCAGUUUGAUUUGCUAUUUGGGUUUUGAGUAGAAAUACAUACAAUGUAUGUUCAUUUUACAUAUAAAAUGAAAACGAUCAGGGAAUUUUCUGGGUUAACCUCAUUUCUUGUUUGAAAGAGAAGGAUAAAGGGAAGUGUGCUGAAAUCAAUUGCAUCGAGGGAAAUAAAGGGGAAACAGCUGUGUUAUUGACUCAAGGGGAGGGAGUGAAGGGGAGGGAGUGAAGAGGAGAGACACAGGUACAUUAAGGAGUGGAGUUGGGAUGAAGGGAAAUUAUCUAGGCUACUGACUCUAGGAAGAGGGUUGAGGAAAGGGGAAGACAAUGCUAUUGAUAGCAUUAAGGUGUGGAGUAAAGACAAGGGAGGAGCAGCUGAUUGUGUGUUGUUAAAUGAAGAGGAAUUGAAGAGGAGAGACGCCAGAUAAAUUACAGCAUAGACUGUUAAGAUUUUCUCAUACUUUAAGGUUGAUUUAUACAUGUACUGAUUACUGCUAACAGUGAUGAGACUUGAAGUAAUAUGAAGUCUCGUCAUUUUUUAGAGUGCGAUUUGUGGUGAUUUAUUAAAGGACAUUACUUUCACACUUUUUUUCCUCAAUGAUGAGCUCAGAAUAUCAGGAACUCAGAAAUGGUCUAGCAGCAAACUCACCAUAUAAGAUAUAUAAUAGGGUGUCCAGCCGUAUACAAUUUCAUGGCAAAAUAGUUACAAGUGAGAUCCAGUCCUAGAUAGAUAAUCCUUGUUCAUUCCUAACAGUGUCGUGCAUUUAAAUAGUUAGGAUUAGACCCAAUAUUUUGGUGUAUAGAUGCUUUGCUUAUAAAAAGUAUGUAACCGUUUAUACACAUGUACAUUGUACAUGUACUUGCAUGGUGUAUGCUUAAAUUAAGUUUUGUAAUGCUAAAUCAAAAUCUUUUCAAGUCAGGUCAUAAAUUUGCUCAAUAAUUUUUACGUUGAUGCUAGUAUGCUACAUAUUUUGUUUUAUAUUUUUGACCAAGUAAACACUCAAAGAAAUAGAUGUUUAGGAACAUUCUAAUGACUACAGACAGACAGAGAGAGAGACAGACUCUUUAUUUCCUCUUUCAAGAGAUUUGACAAUACAAAUUCAAACAACAAAAGAAUAUUUACAAUAUUGGAAUGAAUGGAAUGUUACAUUAUCAUUAUGUCAGGUUAUGAAAGUUUAGAUUUCAUAUCGUCCAGCAACAUCUCAACACCAUCCGCAACUACCAGCAUUAAACGUUCCCAGUCAUCUUCUUCUUCUAAUUGAACAUGUGUACGACUACCUAGUAAAAUGUCUGUUUGAUAAUUAUCUUCCAGAAAUGAAAAUUUCACAUAAUCUUGGACAUUUAUAGUAUUUAUCACUUUAUCAAGAAAAAUAUCACGUGUGAGGUAGAGCACUGGACAUUCAACAAUUAAAUGCGAUACAAUAUCUGUUGAACAUUUUUCACACAACUUACACGUAACUCCUUGCUCUUCAUAAGUGAUUGAUAACAAUAUCAGCUAGGUCAACUAUUUUCCAAGUAUAUUUUGGGAACUUUUUACAUAUACUUAGGAGUGGGUUAUGGCCCAUUGACUCGUGAAUACCAUUAUAUCUUCUUAGUUCAACUUAUAUGCUUAAAUUAAUUUUUGUAAUGCUUAAUCAAAAUCUUUUCAAGUCAUGUCAUAAAUUUGCUCAAUAAUUUUUACGUUGAUGCUAGUAUGCUACAUAUUUUGUUUUAUAUUUUUGUCCAACUAAACACUCAAAGAAAUAGAUGUUUAGGAACAUUCUAAUGACUGCAGAACCCUACAAAUUAAAAAGAAAACUUCCUAGAAUACAUUAUUGUUUCUGUUUAAACGUUUCAACGUUUAUAACAGACAUGAUUUGAAGUAGAUUUUGGGAUUGUUUAUCUUUCAGAUCUCGAGUAAAAGAUAAAUUUAGGAACAUGCACAUCCUAUGCAAUCUUUCUCGUGAAAGUGUUGAAGAGUAUGUAUGCAUAUCGUUUGUGUACAAUGAUAACCUGAUCAGUAAAUAAGUAAAGUAUACAACAUAACUUUUAAAAUAUUUAUGUGGGGAUGAAAUGCACAUUUAAUUAAAAAUGUACUAGUAGGCCCAAUGUGAACAUACUUUCAGUGAUAAUUUUACACUGAAAUUGAAACUAUUUGAUAGUUUAUUUUCUCAAAUUAAUAUUUGAUUAUUAUAAAUUAAUAUUUGUUUAAAAUAAAUACAUACUAGUAAAUUUAAUAGAGCAAAGUUUCUGAGAAUAUAUGGUUUAUAUUAUUAUGCAAGGUUUUUUUCUGAUGCUUCUGUUAUCAAAUGGAAUGGUAUCCUUUUUAUAUAGUUCCUCAAUUGCUGUGAAGUUGAUAUAUAGUCACAAUUUGGUAUUGACAGAUGUGUGGAAGUGUGACUGUGUAUAUAAAGUAUUGUUGAUGUAUAUACUAAGUGAAAAUAUUGUAGAAACAGUGGGAUCAGAAACAUAAAACAUGUAAUUAAACAUU